AAUUUAUUCAAUAUAAACAUAUGAAUUAUCGAUAUUACGAUAACAUGAAAACGUUAUAUAAGAAAAAUAAUUUAUCAUAAUUCAUUUAAAAAAGUAAUCUCUCAUAUGUUAUAAGAUUAUUAAUUAUUAAAUUUAAAUUUUUGAAUUUUUUAACUUUAUUCAUUGAGCGCAGACGCAGUUUCAUUAAAAAAAAUACAACUGUAACGUUAUUGGAUAUUUCUGUUUACGCUUAUUGUAAAUGGUCAGAUAUUCAGGUAGAAAAGAAAAUAUCCUACACAGAGGGGGAAUCAGCUGUAUGAACCUAACCUUUCUUUCAUCAUGAUCUUAGUAUAUAAUCGGUUGGGUGCGCGUCGUUCGUGUGUUUUGUAUGUUCACAACACUAGCGCCAUUCUAUAGACAUCGAGAGGUGAUUCGAUUUCACGAACUAACACUGGCAGCGCGAAGCGGUCAGUACGUGUGCCAUUCUGCACCGAGAAAUGGAAGCCGACGAGACGCGUUCGAACAAUACGAGCGUAAGCACGUUGAUGAUGUACGAAGUCGUGUGUGAGGAUACAGUGACAGCUGUGGACGGGUACGCGUUUUAAAUUUGUUAUGAUUAAAAACGUGCCAAGUAAAGCCGGUCAUCGACCAGCUGUGAAUUCAAGGAAGAGAUCGUUGUAAACGCGCGUGUCGGAAAUUCUGUGAACGUGUGUUUUUAUCGGUUUGUUACGCCUAGUCGAAAUCGUAUUACCGAAAAAAGUCUUACCGAAAAAACGGUGCGUGUAAAAAUCUUUUUGGAUACUACCUGACAAGAUGUGGUGUCUCGUUAGUCAAGCUAAUUCUGUCAUUCUUGAGGUACAAGUCGAUCCCAAAGCUAUUGGUCAGGAGUGUCUCGAAAAGGCAUGCGAUUGUUUGGGCAUUAGCAAGGAAUGCGACUACUUUGGGCUGAAGUAUCAGAACGCGAAGGGCGAGGAGCUCUGGUUGAAUCUGAGGAAUCCUAUAGAGAGGCAAACGGGCGGCGGCGUGGCCCCGCUAAGAUUCGCAUUGAGGGUUAAGUUUUGGGUACCGCCUCACCUGUUGCUGCAAGAAGCUACCAGGCAUCAAUUCUACUUGCACUCUCGCCUCGAGCUCCUCGAAGGCAGGCUAAAAGUGGCGGAUUGGAGUUCGGUGGUGCGUUUGAUUGCUUGGAUAGCGCAAGCUGAUAUCGGUGAUUACGAUCCAUUGUCGCCGCCAAACGCGCUCUACUCGCAAUGCUGUCAAAUUCAACCGGUGGAACGAUGUGAAUCGAAGCCGCUGGAUCUUAUUCACCGGAUAGUACAACAACACAAAGAAAUGAAGGGAAUGAAACCUUCCACAGCGGAAUAUUGGUUGUUAAAAGAGGUAUCCAAUUUGGACACGUUCGGGCAGGAGAUGUUUCACAACACGAAAUUUGGGUACAACGGAGUUUCGAUGAUCGGAGUCGGGCCACAUGGUAUCACGGUUUACCGUAAUCGCGACGAAGAGACUCAAAACAUACCGUACACGGCGAUACAGAGUGCAACGUCCCAACGUCGAAUGUUCCAUUUGGUUUAUCUUUCCCUCGAUGGCGAGGAGACGUCGUUAAAUUUCAAAUUAGAUUCGAGUCAAUCCGCCAGCGGUUUGUAUCGUGCCAUCACCGAGAAGCACGCGUUCUACAGUUGCGAAACAGUGAGGAGCGCGGUCACCGCCCAAUUCAUACGCGAUUUGAAGGGCACUAUAAUUUCGAUAUUCAACGAGGACUCGACGUUGGGAAAGAAAUACGUGUUCGACAUCCGUAGAACGUGCAGAGAGGUGUACGACAACGCGCGGCGGGCUCUGUACUGCGAAGCUGCGACCGUUACUUUGCCGGAGGAGAAGGAAAUUUUGGAGAAGCACGAUUGCGGGGAUUGCGAGGAGCCCAAAUGCAAGGAAUCUCGAGAAUGUCUGGCGAAAUUAUUGGACGCGAUGCUGUGCCGCAUCUGCAUGGAUCGCAGUUUCGACACCGCCUUGUUUCCGUGCGGGCACGCGGUCGCAUGUUUGGAUUGCGCCAGACGGUGCGAACGUUGUCCCCUUUGUCGAGCUGAUAUCGACCAUUGCCGGACGAUAUAUCUUCCGAUCGAGUUAACCCACGUCGAUAAGCACAAUCCAAAAUUGCUCUCGGAAUCCAUCGAGCCUAGUUACAGUAAUUCUUCCGCGGAGGAGAUUCAAAAGAGAGUUUUGGCAACUGAAAGCUCGAUGGUAAACAGCAAUGGUAUUUGAGAACGUUGCCGUAACAAAUUCGACACGUUUCAAAACUUAUUCUCUAAAAUUUUCGCUUGUCAGGUUGCGAAAACGUUUCAUUGAGAGUUUCUCUCUCGACUCGUUUUACUUUCGCAUACUUUCUCUACCUCUUUUGCUAUCUAUGUGUAAUUAUUUUUAUUAUCUUAUAAAUUUGUUAUUCUUCUCUUCUUUUAAUCUAACCGAGUUAGUCGAGAAAAUUGAAUUAUUUUCUUGAUUUCUAUUUUGCAUUCUUGUUAUCUGAAAGAAAAAAAGAAAAAAAAAAGAAUCAUUGUUUUCCGGACAUUGUGAAAUGUUACGCGUUUCCGCAGGAAUGAAAGAAUCAUUCAUCCUUCUUAUUCUAUUUAUCGAGUUUUUCUUCUUCUUUUUGUUUUAUAUUUUUUUGAUAAAAAUUCAAAUAAUUCGUUAAAACUGUGAUGAAGAAACGCGAGUUCGUUGAUAAUGUUCAUGAAAUUACAUUGGUAGGGUUCCAUUUAUUUGAACAUAUUUAGGAUAAACGGUUGGUGUAAGUAGAAUUCAAAUUAAAAAAUGAGGUUUAAACGAUAGAAUUUUUCACAUUCGAGUAAGUGAAUUCUAAUCGGGCAGGAAUUCGCAAAUAAAAAUAAAUGGAAUCCUAUUAUAUUAUUGUUUAGACGUUUAUCCGACUAUUUAUAACAAUAUUAAAAUGUUAAUGAUAAUGUUAUUGAUACUUCUUAAUUGAAUAUAACAACGAUUAUCGAUACUAUUUUUUAAUUGUGCGACCGAAAAGUGCUAUUAGCGGCAUUGAUCUUUGAAAAACAAUGCUGCUGUUAUUUUCAAGAAAAAGUAGUGCAAUUCGUUUCAUUGAAAAAUUUGAUGCACCGUGCAUAGAUUUCUUUUUAACGACAAUCGGACCAACGACUUUUUUUUUUUCCUUUUAAUUAACAGUUGUUGUUUACGAUAUUUCUUGAUACUUUUGUUCCUCUUAGAUAUAAUGUAUAUUCUUUUUUUCUUGUACGUUUCAACUUUCACUUAGAUAUAAUGCGUCGGGGCAUUGGGGUGAAGAUUUUUUUAUUAAAACCAGUGACCCUAACGUGACUGUAUUUUUAAUAUAUUGUACGUUAUUCAUUAUGCAUAUGCAGAAUCGUUUACAAAACGACUGCUAUAAUGUUUCUUUUUAUAGAGGAUGUUUCAUUUAAAAGGAACUCGAAUCUCAAAUCGUUUCUCGUUAUCCUUUGCUCCAUAGUGCGGAUGAUGAAAUUUUGUUUAUUGAAACGAAGAAUUGUUUGAAUAAAAGAAUUAAUAUUUUUACAAUUAUGUUCUCAUUAAUGUGUAAAUUAAUAAUGUACUUCGACGAUAUGUACUUGGAUGAACCAGCUACAACGGAUAACGUAUUAGAAAUUGUUCCUUUUCUGAAACAUCUUGUACAAGAAGGAAAACUUGUUACGGUAAUAUCUGUUUAUAUGUACAUAAGAAAUGAGAUAACCCACGAUAGGGUCAAGCGACUAAAGGUCACGAGCUCACCAAAUGUCAAAUCUGAUUUAUCAAACUCAGUGCAAAUCAUGUUUUAAGUAAGAGAGUCGUAAUUAAAGAAAUACGUAUAUAUAUAUAUAUGUAUUUAUAUACAUUUAUAUAUAUAUAUAUACAUACAUAUAUAUAGAUAUAUUAAUCGAUGUAUUUUACAUGCAAGAGAUAAUUAACAUGUUAUCGAUGAUAGUUCGUUUCCAAAGGAAUAUAUGAAAAAAGGCUGUUUCCGUAUCGAAAGAAAAAAGAAUGAAAAUAUUAUUGUAUUAUUUAUAUUAUCUUUUGACAAGAUAAUUCAUUCUUCUUUCUCAUCCUUAAUCCUUUUAUCGUUACCAUCAUCGAAAACUCUGCGUAUCAAGGAUGCUUAACUAACAUUUAUAAAUAGCAUUUCAUGAGUUUUGGAUGUAUGUUGAAAUGAAGAAUACUAAGGAGAAUGAAAGACAAAGAAAUUAUUAUAGUCAUUCAUCAAUGCAAAACAGAUCUAGUUUAUAAUUAUUUAUAAGAAGAAAAAAGAUAAUAGCAUAAGGUAACGUGUAGUCGUAACGUAAUCCCCUCUUUUCUUGACAUUUUAGCGCUUUAUAUCUCUAAUCUAUGUUUCAUUUAAUUUCUUUAGUAUUUUCGUAUAUUGUUGUUGUUAAGAAAAUGGUGAUUACGCUGCUUCUCUAAGUCAAAUAUCGAUUCAAAGAAGAAUUCUAUAAAAAUACAAAUGUAAUAGAUUAAAACUAAAAACAUCAAGAUUAAAUUUAAAUUACAAAUAUUAAAUUCAAAAUUGAGAUAGCAUAUUGGUACAAUAUCGUAUGAUGUAUUUUUACAUCUUAGACAGAAAUAAAAAUACCUUUUUUUUUUUCAAAAUUUUCUAAAUCAUUUCUAAAUUAUACUAUUGACAAUUAACGUCGAUAGGCUUUUACGCAUUAAAACAUGAUUCCAAAAGCAAGCCUAUGAGAAAGAAUUUUAUAAAUACAAUAAAUAUAACUGAUAAUCUAUAGUCUUCAGCAUAAAAACGAUUUUUACCACCGUUAUACGUUUAUUCGAUAUUUGUAAGUUUAAUAAUAAUUAUAAGGAUAGCAUCGUUAUAAUAACAAAAACAAAUAUUUGUGAUUAACUCUCUGUAUAAAUGCGGAAAAAUUAAAAAUCGAGUAGUUGUUAGAUCUGGUUAAUAGGAAUGAAAGAUAUAUCGGAGAGAAUGAAUUUCUAAGAAUUAUCAUUUGCAAAGAGUAUUUUUAAAGUAUUUCCAAUUAUUUUUAGUAUUAUAUCAGGAUUCCACUUUAAUAGUGGUGUACACAUAUGAGAGAUCAAUACACUCUAUAAAAACUAAUUUUUAGCAUUAUAAAGAUACAGUAUCCCAACCUGUUGAUUAAAUACUAUAAAAAUAUCAA